UUUCUUUCUUUCUUUCUUUUUCUUUUUUUAAGGAAAAAGGAUAACAGUUCAAUAAGAAUGGCCAAAACGAACCGUUGAUUCAAAGAAGAGUGAGCGAAUAAACAUGAAUUAAAAUGGUGAAACGUUCGUGGUACAUAACACAUCACAUGAGCAACUGUUUCAUGUUCUCCCAUCUCCUGUAAGGACCCCAUUCGAUAUGGAAUCAUAUCCACCAAUCUGUUGUCCACCCCAAUUGAAAGAGAUGCUUUUCCAUUGCGAUUCACCAUUUAAUUCUGCGAAUCUAUGUCUGCAAUUCAGAAAACCUAAUGUUAGGUUAUAAAAAAAAAAAAAAAACACUCUUUCAAUUCCAACAUUCUCUCUUAAGUCAGAAGUUAGGGUUAUAUAUAUAUUGCUUAUAAACAAGAAGUUUUAUGUGGCAUUCUUUGUACAAUUGAGUUUUUUAACCAUCCGUGCAGCCCCAUUAUGGGGAAAAAAAAAAUACUUGAGAUAAGAAAAGUUGUGGGUUUUAAGAACAUUUUGAAUAUCAAAUUUCAUGGCUGACUCUUCGAGGAUGGCGUGGCUUUGGUCUAUUGAGUAUCUAGCACAGUUCCAGCAAUUGGACCCAUCAUUUAUACAUGAUUUGAUUGAUGAGGCUCCAGAAUUAUCUGAGGAUUUGGGAAAUAGCACAAGGGAAAUGGUUGCUUUAAGAUGCUUGGAGCAAUUGUUUGGCACUAGUAAAGAAGUUGGGAAAGAUGUUCCUUCUGUGACAGAGCCAAAAGAUGCAUUUGAAUUCUCAAAGAGCUGCGAAGAUAUGCUCCAAUCUGUACUGAAAGAGAGAGCAUUAUCAGAUUUAAAAAUGCCAGGAGGGGAUCUGUUGAAAUGGGAUAUUCAUCCUUUCAUCAUGCACAAAAGAGCUUCCAUGCCAAAAUGUGCUUUAGAACAGCUGAAAGAUACAAUUCUUGAAGGUACCCAUCCGUAUGAUGAUUCCUUGACAGAACUUAGUGGGCUGGUGCAUAAAAAUGUUGGGAAUGAUAGGAUCACUGUGGAUUAUGGUGGUCGUAAUGCACUUACUAGGGGGAUUGACAGCAAUGCCUCUGGCUCACAAACUAUGGCACCAGAAGGGGGCACCAUUUCUUUGUCACUUGAAAAUACGAAAGGAAUGGUAGAAGGUGAUUCAUAUCAUAGAGAAUUUUUACUUUUUAAGAGGAAAAAAGGUGAUAUGGAUAAUGAACAUCCAGCUGGAGCGUACCACGAUGAACAAGAUGGUGAUCUCAAUUUAAAUGUCAAGAAGUUUAAGCAUGGUACAUCCUCUGCUAAUAAGUCCAUGGAACAUUAUUUGAAUCCUCAAUGUGGUUAUGAGUUGAUAGAAGAUUCUUCUGAAGCGAUGGUUAGAGUUACAGAGUAUGAAAGUUGUCAUAUGGAAGGAGAGUCUCAAGCAGGAGGGUUGGGUGAAUCUAGAUAUUCAGAGAAUGGUCAUUACAAAUUUGUUGCUAUAGAGAGGCUUGGGAGAAGUCCUAAUGCUAAUGCUGAUGUUGAAUUCCAGCAAUAUCAACGUGAGAAUGAUCAUAAUGCCAAUAAUAUGCUGCCAGAUACAUCUGGAGAUAGACCCUGUCAAUAUAUGUUUGUGGAUGAAGUCAAUAAAGCUGAACCUAGCACAUCAAAUGAUACACCCUUUGCGAGAACCCAGCAAAAGGUCUUUGCUGGUGACACCAACAAUAUCAGUGAUGGUAAUCAAGUAAAAUCAGUAAAUGCUGUUUCCUCGAGUGAAAUUUCUAGAAGGAUUACUGUUGAAAAAGCAGGUUGUGGUACGGAGCAUCUUUAUGAAAAAGACACUUCAAUUGAUGGUGAUGAGUAUUGUCAUGAGCGGGUUGAUGUGGCUAUGGAAAAGAGUCAUUUCUUGAGCUCUCAAUGCACGUUAAAUCAUGUUUCUCAGGAAAACUGGACCGAGCAAAACCUUUGUGUGAAAUGUAGCGAAGGUGGUCAGUUGUUGGUCUGUAACGCUGUUGGUUGUCCAUUGGUGGUUCAUGAAAAGUGCUUGGGUUCCUCACCAAGAUUUGAUGAGAAUGGAGAAUUUUACUGCCCAUUUUGUGCAUAUUCACUUGCUAUCUCCAAGUACCUCCAAGCCAAGAAAAAUGCCUCUUUGGCUAGGAAGGAACUAGGUGCAUUCAUUUGUAGACGUACUAGGAGAUCACGUAGCAAUGGACAAAAUAAUUUAGAACAGAAUGAAGAUAGGUGUCAUCUUUACAUGGUCCAUGAGAGUGGGAAUUUGGCAGAGAAAGAAUCUGAUCAAACAAAUAAUGAAGGGCAUGCGAAUAGAUUGAAUGACCAACUUAAGAAAAGACAAGGUGAUGGGAAACCAAUGGAACCUAUAAUAUCAUGUCCCGAUGUAAAUUUACUGGAUGGAGAAGAAGAGCCAGAUGUAACUCCUGGAGAAAAGGAAAGGAAAGAGCUGGUUCCAGAAUGCUUACAUGUAAGGGAAACUGACAGACAAGACCAAAUUUGUGCUGACCCAAACAGCAAUGUUGAUAAUCAAAUGUCUAAAAACAAAGAGGUUGUUAUCUCUUUAAAUAAAACACAAACUAAUGGAGGAAUUCAGAGGGAAGUUCUAGAGCAACAGAAUAGUGAUUUGGUUGAGAAGCCUGUUGGUGCCAUAGAUAUUGAUAAAGACUACCACCAUGAAGGGCAUGCGAAUAAAGUCAAUGAACAACUUAAGAAAAGACAAGGUGAUAAGCAACCGAUGGAACCUAUAAUAUCAUGUCCUGAUGUAAAUUCACUGGAUAGAGAAAAAGAGCCAGAUGUAACUCCUGGAGAAAAGGAAAGGAAAGAGCUGGCUCCAGAAUGCUUACAUGUAACGGAAACUGACAGACAAGACCAAAUUUGUGCUGACCCAAACAGCAAUGGUGAUAAUCAAAUGUCUACAAACAAAGAGGUUGUAGUCUCUUUAAAUAAAAAACAAUCUAAUGGAGGAUUUCAGAGGGAAGUUCUAGAGCAACAGAAUGGCGAUCUGAUUGAGAAGCCUGUUGGUGCCGUAGAUAUUGAUAGAGAAACCUCUGUUGAGGGAAAUGAGGAAAAUAUAAUCUCUAAUUACUCCAGAAAAUUCCGGGGGAGAGAGAGGCAAUAUGUAUUCCCAGCAUUGCCUCGGACAUUGAGGCGAAAGAAAGUUCCAUGGACAGCUAAGGAGGAAGAGAUGCUUAAGGAAGGAGUGCAGAAAUUUUCAACUGCUGGUGACAGAACUAUCCCGUGGAAGCAAAUUUUGGAGUAUGGUAGUACGAUAUUUAGUCACCGAACUACAAUAGACCUUAAGGACAAAUGGAGAAAUAUGUGCAAGGGAAGUUCUAAAUGCAAAUAGUUUGUCAGCCUGGUCUCUUUGCUUGGUUGUGGUAGCUAUACAACAGUCAUGCCAGACGUCGAGAAAAAUAGCACUGCUUGCCUGAUGAUAUGGUUGAUGCCGUGUGUUCAGUUUUGCUAUCUGUGAGUCAGAAGUUUAGGAAGUUAGAAUGCACACUUCUACUUCAGAUCAUGACAAAUAUGAUAGAUUAUUGUCCAAAGAGCUUGAGUAGUAUAGGAUGGACUCUUCUGUAUUUUUCUCUCCAACAUUGUAAGGGGUAGAUACCUAGAAUUUAGACAUUGCAGUUGUUUCAAUUUCAUAUGUAUAGAUACUUUUGCUGUUCAAUGAAAAAAAAGCUUGUAAAUUGUAAUAAUGAGAAUCUUUUAACUUUGCUUUGCUAAAA